ACAACAAAGAGAAAAAUAGAGUUUCAUAGACAAAAUGAAGAGAUUUUGCCCCAAAGCUUCUUUUAUUUUGUUGGUUAUUACUCUUAUUUUAACAAGUUUUGUGUAUUCAGAAGCUCAGAACUGUCGUCCAAGCGGUAGAAUUAGAGGAAAGAAAGCUCCUCCAGGACAAUGUAAUCAAGAGAACGAUUCUGAUUGUUGUGUACAAGGAAAAAUGUACACAACAUAUGUAUGUUCUCCAUCAGUGUCUACUCACACAAAAGCAUAUCUCACUCUUAAUAGUUUUGAAAAGGGUGGAGAUGGAGGUGGUCCUUCAGAAUGUGACAAGCAGUAUCAUUCCGAUGACACUCCCGUUGUUGCACUCUCAACCGGAUGGUUCAACCGCAAGAGCAGGUGCCUCAACAACAUUACCAUAAGUGCGAAUGGAAAAAGUGUGGUGGCCAUGGUUGUUGAUGAGUGUGACUCCAGAAAGGGAUGUGAUGAACAACAUGAUUACCAACCUCCUUGUCCAAAUAACAUUGUUGAUGCUUCCAAGGCUGUGUGGAAAGCUUUAAAUGUGCCUAAAGAGCAAUGGGGUGGCCUUGACAUUACAUGGUCAGAUGCUUGAUAUGAGUUGAAAUCCUUGUUCGUGUUUCUAUGGUUUAACUUAGUCAUGUUACUUAUUUUGUACUUUUAUUUCUCAUCAUGUGUAUAUGUAUCAUAUACUUGUGACCAUUCUGUUAUUAAGAAA